GCUCCAUAAAAACACAGAAUCACCAGUUCCUGCUUUGAUGUGACAUGUGACUCCCCAGAACACAUCUUGCUUCUGUAGACCAGCUCCAGCAGGAUUCCAUGGUAGCUGGGAUGUUAGGGCUCAGUCUCUUCCCCUGGAAAGGAAAGGAUGGCCUGCUUUUAAUUUCAUUUCUUUGACCCCUCCUCCCCUCAUAGUCCAGACCAGAAGUCAAGGCUCCUGUUUGAACCGAGUCUUGAAGGAAGCCAGGGAUUCUCAGAGGUAGAGGGAAGAACAGUCUGAAGACCAAGACCUCCAGGGCCUCAGAGAUAAACCCCUGAAGUUCAGAAAGUUGAAGAGGGAUAAAAAGGAGGAGAAGGAAGGAAAACAUGAAUUCCCACAGCCAUCAUCCCACCAGUCUGCUGAGCCAGCAGAGGCAGGAAAAGCAGAAACAUCAGAAGAGGCUGGGUCAGCCCCUGCUGCACCUGAAGCUUCAGCUUCCCCUAAACAACGACGUUCUAUCAUCCGAGACCGGGGCCCCAUGUAUGAUGAUCCCACACUGCCAGAGGGCUGGACAAGAAAACUCAAGCAGAGAAAAUCAGGCCGCUCCGCUGGGAAGUACGAUGUCUAUUUGAUCAAUCCACAGGGAAAAGCUUUUCGCUCCAAGGUAGAGUUGAUUGCAUACUUCGAAAAGGUAGGCGACACCUCCCUGGACCCUAAUGAUUUUGACUUCACGGUAACUGGGAGAGGGAGUCCCUCCCGACGAGAGCAGAAGCCACCUAAGAAGUCCAAAUCCCCCAAGGCUCCAGGGACAGGCCGAGGGAGGGGACGGCCCAAAGGGAGCGGCACAGUGAAACCCAGGGCGACAGCCUCUGAAGGGGUCCAGGUCAAAAGGGUAAUUGAGAAAAGUCCUGGGAAGCUCCUAGUCAAGAUGCCUUUUCAGCCUUCACCUGGGGGGAAAGCUGAAGGGGGUGGGGCCACUACGUCCACCCAAGUCAUGGUGAUCAAACGCCCUGGCAGGAAGCGGAAAGUUGAGAGUGAGCCACAGGUCAUCCCUAAGAAACGGGGCCGCAAGCCAGGGAGUAUGGUGGCUGCAGCUGCAGUCGAAGCCAAGAAGAAAGCAAUCAAAGAGUCUUCCAUCAGGACCAUUCAUGAGACUGUGCUGCCCAUCAAAAAGCGGAAGACCCGGGAAACGGUUAGCAUCGAGGUGAAGGAAGUGGUGAAGCCUCUGCUUGUCUCCACUGUGGGGGAAAAGAGUGGGAAAGGACUCAAGCCUGGAAAGAGCCCAGGUCGGAAAAGCAAAGAGAGCAGCCCCAAAGGGCGAAGCGGGAGCACCUCCUCUUCCCCCCCGAAAAAGGAGCAGCAGCAGCAGCAGUACCACCACCACCACUACUUCCCUUCCUCAGAGUCACCCAAGGCCCCACCCCCUCCUCACCCUGAGCCAGAGAGCUCCAAGGACAGCAAAAGCCCCCCGGAACCUCAGGACUUAAGCAGCAAAGUUUGCAAAGAAGAGAAGAUGCCAAGAGGGGGGCCACCUGAGAGUGACGGCUGCCCAAAGGAGCCCGCUAAGACUCAGCCUACGGCUGCUGCCACCGCUGCCACCACCACCGCCACCACCACCGCAGCAGCAGAAAAAUUCAAACACCGAGCAGAGGGAGACCGAAAGGACAUUGUUUCGUCCUCCAUGCCAAGGCCAAAUCGAGAGGAGCCUGUGGACAGCCGGACGCCCGUGACAGAGAGAGUUAGCUGACUUUUUCAAAAGUGGAUUUAAAAAACAACAAAAGAAUAAAGGCAGCUGUUGUCUCUUCUCCUUAUGGGCAGGGCUCGGACAAAGCUUCCCGAUUAACUGAAAUUAAAAAGGGUUUUUUUUUUUUUCAGUCAACUUAGAGUUUCGUGGCUUCAGGGUGGGAGUAGUUGGAGCACUUGGGAUGUUUUUCUUAUCGACAAGCACAGUCAGGUUGAAGACCUAACCAGGGCCAGAAGCAGCUUUGCACUUUUCUAUAAUAGGCUCCUUCAACAAGGCUUGCUGCAUAUACUACUGACCAGACAAGCUGUUUAUCAGGCUUUUUAGGGUACACCAGCCACCUGCCCUCCAUUCAUCCCUGUUGGGAGAGGGAUGGUGUACUGGUUGUCACUAGAGACCUAACAGAGUAGGGUUAGUGGGAGCUUACAUUUUCAGUGCCAUUAACAUUCUAGUCCAAGAUCUUAAAUUAUUAUGUUGUGGGGUUUGGGGCGUUUUUUUUUCCCCCUAAGGGGGCCGGGGGGAGGGGUGGUUAGAUUCCUUAGGAAAGAGGGUUGAGACAAAGGGCAGAGCACAGAGCAGUUGGCACUAGAGGAGACCUUGACUAGGGGUCAGGUGGCAUCAUCUAAUCCCAAGGGGCUCCAAGUGAGUAUUAGGGUGGGGGAAGACAUUACAGUAGGACUAGAAAGAGAAGAGCUAACCCUAAAGAAGAGUGGUUAAAACCCUACCCACUGGUAGUUGACUUGGAAGGAGGCCCCUAUGGAGGGAGGGAUCCCCAAUCACCCAAAGCAGUCUUGAGCUGUAGCUGCUUCAUUUAGUGGACCUUUGUAUGUCUGGGUGUGUAUGCACGUAAAUGAGCAGGGAGAAAGAAAACUGGUCUUCCAGUUCUUUUCCAGUGCUACUAGCUAGUUAGAACUGUUGGCACAAUUAAUUGUGUGAUUGUGAUCCUUCCCAUAUUCCCACUUCAAAACAAACUGACUGAGAUGCUCAACAGAAAACUGGCUUCAAUGGGCCACGUGCCCUUGUGGCCACUUCCUUAAGACACUGGUGUGAUGGGGUUUUGAACACCCCAUACUUAGAGGUAUCUGUGCUUGUUUUAAAGUGGGAUUACCACACAGGGUUCCCACGAAGCUUCGAAACUCUAAGUGUUUGCUGCAGUUUUAUAAGGACUUCCUGACCAUUUGCUUUUCUUUCCUUCCAUUUCUCAUUUCCUUUACCAACUCUUUUGCCCCUUUUUAGGCAGCAGCAGUGAGUACUCUUGGUUUAGUUGCACACUGAGCUGGCCCCUGCAGGCUUCUAACUGGGUAAUACUAAACGAGCCCUCUUUCCUGGGACAUGUAUACCUGGUCACUUACUUUCAUACCAUUAAGGAAAAUCACUUGUUGAAUCUGGUCAGAGGAGUUUGAGGCCUAGUAAACACAGAGCAUAAACCUAUUCAAUUCCGCCCCCCAAAAAAACAUGCCUUUUUCCCGGUCUUCAGUUACAUAAAAGCAAAAGAGAAGUUUGGAAAACACUCUGAGAUCUGCCAGAGUGACAGGAAUCCUUCUGCCUACCAAAGCAACGAAACAAACCUCCUAGCCAAGUGGACAGCACAAUCAUGAUGCUUUUUUCUCCUCUCCACUUUGGCCUUUCAAGGGUUACAAACUGUUCCUCCUAGGACACAGUAUUACAAAGAAGAGAACACUCCAAGAUCUGAUUUAGCACGCAGCCCCCAAAUUCAUACCUGUUCCUCACACUCCCAAUGAGCUCUCGCCUCCAAUGGCAGACUUAGGAUUAGACGAUCCCCCCAUUUUCAGAGAGUCUGAAUAAGGCCCUUUCAUCCAUUUCAGAAUCUUGGGGGGUGGGGAGAGGAGUUGGCUUUGUUUUCCAUUUGGUUUUUUUGUUGUUGGGGGAGGGGAUAUAUCUUUUUAACCUCUUUGGGUGUUCAGGAAGUCCUUAUCCAGCUGCAUAUCUUCAUCAUAUUGGUAUAUCCUUGUCUGUGUUUACAGAGAUGUCUCUUGUAUAGAAAUCUAUCAAACUGCGAAGCACCUUAUCCAAACAGCAAGAUGAGAGCGCAGCUUUCUGCUUAUACACACAAACACACACACACAUACACAUACAUACGCAUACACGCACACACACACACACACACAACACGUGUGAGCUGCUGCAGUGAACUGUCAAAUAUGUGCCAUUUAGUCUCUUUCAGUCAUUGUUUCCCAGCUUCUUUAGGAGGAUGUAGUCAUGAAGGAUUGAACUAUUAUACAAAUAAUAAUGCAUUUCUUCGAUUAGUCUUUGGUAACCAGGAACCAUAGUUGACAGUUCCAAUCAGUAGCUUACAAAGGGAGUUUGCCCUCUAGGUCUUUCUGCAGUUGUUUGGCCUUUAGUAGAUUUGUCUCAAUUUGCUGAACAUCAUACAAGUACCACAAAAAAAAAAAAAAAGAAAAAAAAAACCACCACCUCUCAUCAGUCCCAGCCCUUCGGCCCUCACCACUUUUCAAUCUUCCUGCUUCACUGCUGAUAACUCCUCCCAAAAGGGAGGGUUUCUGGGUUGUCCAAGGAGGGCGUCAUUCCUCUGUAGCGCCUCUUCCGCUUUCUCUAAGGAGAAAAGGCUCUAAGCCUACCAAGUCUCCUGGCUGUGGAUUUGUGUGUUCCUUAAGUCCCUUUUUAAUGGGGGAUUCCUAAUGGGCCUCCAAAGGACACCCACAUGUGCACUUUAACUAGUAUGUUUCUUGAAGCCCCUUUAUCAUUGGAAAGGGAUAUUUUGAGUGUUUCAGUCCAGUUUGGGUUUUGCUUAUUAUACUUCAAGUAUUCUUAGACCAGUAGAAUUGAGCUCUUGGGACCAUCAUCAGGGAAUGACAGUUCAAUACUCCACCCUAUCUAGUUCCCUGGAAAGCGGAGUCUCUGGUCUCCAUAGAGUCCCAGUUGGACUCUUUCUGGCACACGCUACACCUCAUUCAGGGCUCUUUUAGUCAGGAGAGGUAUGGCACUUGAAAAUGAGAAUCUUUCUUCUGGAUGAGUCAACUUCUGCAGCCCCCUACCUCCCUCCACCUCCUCCACUGAAAUUUCCAAAGCUGCAAGUGGUGACCAGGGCUCUUUACAUUUCUGUUGGGUUUGGGGUUUUGUUCCUCCCUUUUUCUCUUUCUUCCAACCUUCCCUCUAGCCAGAAGUGGCUUGAGUUAAGCCCCUGAAGUGAGGCUGCAGAUUUUUCUCUCCCUUCAUGUACAGUCAGCCUGGUCUUCUUGCAUUUAUUUUUCACCAUGGCUUGGAAAUUCUCUCCAACUCUGGGGUACUUUCCAUCUUUUGCCCUGAGGCCCAGUGUCACCUCUGGAAAGUGAGCAGCAUAUGUGAGUGUCUGUGCUUUACAAGUUUGAACAAGAUAGGGUGUUGGAAGAUGAAAGCAUGUGUGGAGUUUGUAUAUUGGAACACCACAAACAGAGCAUCUGGCACUGGUUAGCAGUGUGGCCCACACUGUGUAUAUAUCUGACCAUUCACAAUGAUUGGGCAGCCUCUCUUAAUGACUAUUCUAAGAAUAAGGGAAUACUGAUGACCUUCAAGAUGUCCUUGGAGCAGAGGGCAUGAUUAAACAUCUUCAGCCUCAUUUUUGUCACUGGCUUCACCCUCCUCGACCACUACUUCUCCUAGGUACCAACUGUAACAGGUUUAAGCAUCACUCCUCUCUCUGCCCAGUGGGUAAGGAG